AUGGGAAAAGCUACUGGGUUUGUGCGCUCCUUUGGAACUGAAGAUCGUCCCACGGAUCGUCCCGCCCCCCCAAGGGAGGAAGUUUACGAAUACAUCAUCUUCCGUGGCAGUGACAUCAAGGACAUCACCGUAUGUGAGCCCCCGAAAGCGCAGCAUAAUCUGCCUCAGGAUCCUGCUAUUGUUCAAUCUUCCUUGAGCUCCGCCUCGGCCUCCUCCUUCCAGCCACACGUGCCUUACAGUCCCUUCAGAGGCAUGCCUCCCUACAGCCAGCUUGCCGCCAGCUCAUUAAUUAGUCAGCAGUAUGCCGCUUCCCUCGGCCUAGAGAAAUUGGUAAGCCCUCCAGCAUCAGCAGCUGCAUCCAGUCCUAGCACUUCUUCGUCUCCCCAGCCAGUGUCAGAGCCUGACCUGUCAUCCGAGCCACACCUGCUGUCUUCUAAGGGCGCUGCUUUUGCAUCUGUUCAUUCAGUGCGUAAAAGCCCAAUGGUGGAGCAGGCGGUUCAGACGGGUCCCAUUGACAACUUGAAUCCCAAAAAGGCUCUUCCGUAAGUCACCCCAGGCAUCCAGCGCAACACACGGUCAAUUCCACAAAGUAACAAGACAACUGAUACAGUUGAGCCAGCACCUGUACAGACACAAGGACAGGUGAACGAUGAAAAUAGAAGGCCCCAGAGGAGGAGAUCAGGGAACCGGCGAACCCGGAAUCGUUCCAGGGGGCAAAACCGGCCAGCUACCGUGAAAGAGAAUACAAUCAAGUUUGAAGGUGACUUUGACUUCGAGAGCGCAAAUGCACAGUUUAACCGGGAGGAGCUGGACAAGGAAUUCAAGAAGAAGCUUAACUUUAAAGAUGACAAAGUUGAGACGGGAGAAGAGAAGGGGGAACCUACCGUGGCUGCUGAGAACUGCGAUGGCAACGCAGACGAAGACCUCCUCGGACCCAACUGCUACUACGACAAAUCAAAGUCGUUCUUCGACAACAUCUCAUCUGAACUGAAAUCCAGUUCCAGGCGAACAACAUGGGCCGAAGAACGGAAGCUGAACACAGAGACGUUUGGCGUGUCUGGCCGGUUUCUUCGUGGCCGUAGCUUCAGAGGGGGGUUUCGCGGUGGAAGGGGAUCUGGUGCCGUGCGACGAACUCAAGCGACAUCCCGAGUGGGGACGGGAAGGGUGUGAACUUUUCAGGUUCUCAAGCAGACUGCAAAAAAAGGUGUGUACAUAGGAAGGAGGGAACAGCCCGAAGAGCUCCACAUAAGCGUGGGAUGAAUGGAGCACCGUGUUUAUAUGCUUUUACUCUGAAGGCACUGUCGCUCUGUGUCAGAACCAGGAUCGGAGCACAGGAGCGGUCUUGAAUGAGUGCAGAAUCACCACCAAGGAUAUAUUUUUCUUUUCUUUUUCUUCAUUUUUUAAAGAAGUGCGAGGAAUUUAAAGGUGCUGCUUUGAGGUUCCAAAGGCUGCUGCAGUUUGAACCACGACACCCCGUUCUCGUCUCCUGAAGGAAAUAAUUCUCAGUUCUUCAAGAAGAACCAAAGCUCACUUGAAACCAGCAACUCCUGUGUUUUGUUUUAGUUUUUUUUUUGAGUGUGUGAUGGUUUUUUUUGUUUCGUUCUGAGGAACCCAAGAUCUCGCAGGUCUCCUUCUGUUGCCCCGUCACCCCCACUUCAGUUCAAGCCGAUUACUUUUGGUGUCUAGAAAUGGAAUUCCGGGGGGGGGGUGGGGAGAGAAAAAAGAGUUGUGUGUAGUGAAGUGAUGAGGGAAGUUGCUGAUGAUAUAGUUCUGGGUUCACCACUUGAGAUGUAGGACUUCUCCGGGGAGCUUGGUCACCCCUCAGAAGGAACGCUGUUGAGAUGUUUCCGAACGGCCUACGGUCGAAGGCCAUUCUGUUUGGCCACUCACGAGUUUAACAACACAAACUGAACACAGACUGAGCCUUCCGCUUAAAGGAAGGCCGAAAUUACGGGCUGUCCACACAGUAAACACUUUGAGGAGAUUGGAAUCCUUACCACCACCACCCCCUUUUUCCCUUCAAGAGGGGAAAGUCUUUUAUGGCUAGGCUUGGACUCUCUCUCCCUCAUGACAGAAAAGCCCUGAGAGGAUGUGCAUUGUGUGCUGGGUUGCCGGCAAGGGGAGGGGGCGGCGAGGGAGAGAGAGAUCAUGAAACCAGCAUGCUCAGUUCUUCUGCUUCUCUCCCCAAACUUGUAAAUAGCUGAAUAUUUUUGGGUUUGGGUUUUUUAAAAAAAAUGGUUGGGGAGGGGGUGCUUAAAGGGUGUGUGCCGGGAUUAUAAACUUUUGCAUGAAAGUGAAGUCAAGCCUUUUAGUACUAGGCAUGUGUGUCCUUUAUUAGCUUAUAGGAGCGUUUUGUUUGAAAGGCUUCUUCUGAUGGAUCCCAUAACCCUACCCCCCCCCCAAUGGCUAGCCUUAUUUUUUUCCUCCCCACCCCUGUGGUAUUAAGUUGCUGUACAAUUAAGGGUGUGGGGGGGGGUUGUUUUGUAGGCCUGCAUCACUAAGGAUUGAAAUACUGUGAUGAGGCUGCUCCUGGA